AUGGGAAUCGAAAGCAUUGUGCGUCGCGCACAUUACUCGGAUGGCGUUUACGCUGCUCUCUCCUCAACUGUGGAAGUAAGCGUUCCUAUAGAGCCUAGUGACGAACAACCCCCCGAUCCGCAAGAGCUUUAUUAUAACCUUCUUCGCCACCGAUUUCAGCUAUUACGCUCCACGCUGAAGUGUGCUCCACCCGCCGAAGCGAUUGAAGCGUUGGACGCUCAGCACCCGAUUUCUUUGCCUGAUGAUAGCAAGCACGCUAGGCAAGAAUGGCGAUGGUUGUUACAAACCGUUGAUCCGCAUAUGGUCCAAAUUGCUUGUAUGCACCCGGAAGAUGUUCUGCGGGUUUUGACGCUCGUUACACGCUCUAUAUCUGAUGCAGUCAAGAGUGGAGAGGUCGUCAGGGUGAAGAGGUUAGCUGCGUGGGCGUGGGGACUUUUAGCCCGAUGUCGGGAAGUGGGAGAAAUGGGAAGCGAAGAAGUUGCAGAUAUUAGGGAGCUAGGAAAACGGGCAGUGAAGAUAUUACUGAAAGUCCGGGAGGUCGAGGAACAAGACGCUGUGGAUAUUCAGCAGAAUUCAGGGGAAAACGGCGAGAAUGUGAUUGGAAGAGCUGCAGAAGAUAUAAGCGAUCAGAUUGAAUGUGAGGACAUGAGGAGCAAAGAACAACAGAAUGGCCUGUUAAAUGACUAUCCCAUGGUGGACACGGGCUCUGAUCCCGUCGCUCAAGUCGACGACGCACUUGCAAACGAAAAAGAUGAGCUAGAAGAAGCAAAAGCGCGAUUGCAGGCUCGAUUGGCUUCAACGUUCUCGGACGACAUCUCUGGUACUGGCGCUCAAGGUGGGUCGGAGGAUGCGGCUGGUGAUGACGAGGAAAGGAACGAGAGGGAGGACCAAGCCGCUGAACUGCGAAAACAAACUCGUGCCAUGCUUGACAUGAUUAUCAGUAUCUCUGGCGAAUUCUAUGGCCAGAGCGAUCUACUCGAAUUCCGAGACCUAUGGGAAGAAGGUGAUAGAGGGUGGGUGCAGUAA